CAUUUGGUAUCAAUGUCUUUCCCUUCGACACAAUCAAUACGAUUUUGAUCUCCCAUCUCUCUGCAGGAACAGAAUUCGGGAAACUUUUCUUCUCUUUCUCUCUGUAGACUCUGCUCUGUUCUGCAUGCGUCGGGAAUGGGUAAUCUUUGCGCCACAUUCUCGCCGCCAAAACCAGUGGUGAAGCAACCGGAAAACACUUUCCCGAACCCACCGCCGUUGUCCAUUUCCAGCAACCGAUGGUUUCGAACGCGCUCUUCGCGGAGGGAGAAGGUUGGAGAGUCGAUGAGUUCGGAGCAGGCUUUGGCAGCGGCGGCGGCGCUCUUCCAGAAACAUCCAAUGGAUUGUUCGUUUGAUCGGUCUACUUCACUUCGGCAGCCGCCCUCCGGUAGGAAGAAUCGGAACGUCUUGCCGCGGAGUUCGAGUUCUCGCGCUCGCUCGCUCACUGACCCUCUCCUUCAGCCUCAUCAGCUUGUUAAUCAGGAUAUAAAGCUAGAUGACUUGGAAACAAAUCACUUUGUUCUUGUCCAUGGAGGUGGUUUUGGUGCUUGGUGUUGGUAUAAAACUAUUGCCCUCCUUGAAGAAGUGGGCUAUAGAGCUACGGCCAUAGACUUAACUGGUUCAGGAGUUCAUUCAUUUGAUCCAAACAGCAUCACAGAUCUCUCGCAAUAUGUGCAGCCGCUUACUGAUUUCCUUGAAAAGCUUCCUGAUGGCGAAAAGGUUAUCCUAGUUGGGCAUGAUUUUGGUGGUGCUUGUAUUUCAUAUGCAAUGGAAUUGUUUCAUUUUAAAAUUGCAAAGGCUGUUUUCAUUGCUGCGGCAAUGUUGAGUGAUGGGCAAAACACUCUGGAUAUGUUCUCCUUGCAGGCUGGUGCGGACGAUGUCAUGCGACAGGCUCAGGUCUUCGUGUACGCAAAUGGCAACGACAAUGCUCCAACAACUAUUGAAUUGAAAAAACCUUUGUUAAAGGACUUGUUCUUCAAUCAAACUACUGCCAAGGAUGUAGCUCUAGCAUCUGUUUCGAUGAGACCAAUACCCUUCCCACCCGUAUUAGAAAAGCUUCGUCUUUCAGAAACAAGGUAUGGAUCGGUGAGACGGUUUUACAUACAGACAUUGAAUGACAAUGCCAUACCCGUCUCAAUCCAGGAGACCUUGAUUGAGAGAAGCCCUCCGGAACAGGUCUUCAUUCUCAAAGGUGCAGAUCAUUCUCCCUUUUUCUCAAAACCUCAGGCUCUGCAUAGACUAUUGGUAGAGAUCUCAAAGACCAAAAAACCAUAGGAGCCAGUCUCUCUCACCCGCUAGACAGAUGGAUGGUUUGCAUUGAAAGUUUAUUGAAGUGUUGCUUUAUUGAUAUGGCAUGUGAAUGAAUAAAGUUGGUGGAUCUUCAUUGCAAGAGGGAUGAAAUGAAAGGGCCUGAUCUUGCCACCUCA